AUGAGAUUCGACCGUCUGCUUCCAGUUCUCUUAUCCCUAUUGGGUGCCGUCUCGGCUCAGACCGUGAGUGGUCUGACUUAUGAUGGCCGGGACUCUGUGAGUCUUGUUUGGGUUUUUGACGGGCAGACAUCGGGGCGUUACGAUUUCUACCUGUGCGCCGGAGACGAGUCUACAGGCUCAUACGACUCGCUCGCACGAGUCAUUAGUGACAGCGUCUUCGUACCUGGCGACCUCGUGUCUUUUCGCGUUGACCCAAGCGUGGGCGGGAACGAUCUGAAUGCAUACUUCCUCAAGGUCGUUCCUUCGAACCAGAAGGAGCAAUGGUCCGGAUUCACCUCCCAUUUCACCCUAAUUAACAUGAAGGGCUCCUUUUCCACCAAGGUAUCCGAUGCACUCCAAUCAAUGCAAUUCAUCGAGAUCCCCUGGACCGCAGAGCCAGAUGCCAAUCUUCUCGAUGCAGCCGAAAAGGCCCCGGUAUACAAUGGAUCCACUCUCUAUAAUGAUGUUCACGGCGAUGCGACCAAGGCUUUCCUGCAGUUCCCCACGCCAACCAUGGCCAACGAGCUAGAACGAAAUGAACUGCGGAAGCGUAUCGGGUUUGGGGUUGACCAGCACACUGUCCCCUACGGCGAGCAGAUGGGCCUGACAAAGUAUGCUCCGAUGCCCAAGAGGGCAGGAACCACGAUUCCAAACAGAUCGCCAACGCCUCAAUACCCGCCUUUCCCUUUCUCCAUCGCAACCACCUACCUUCCCGCUCCCACGGUUCAGUACACGGACACUGCGUAUCUCACAUUGACUGCUCACAGUAUUGAGAAUACAGCUGCCCCUGCGGCUGCACCAUCGCUGGACAAGAGGAUGCAGAUGUGGCUUGAGCGUUGGAAGGAUUAA